AUGGGUGAAGUUGGGCGUCCGGGCCUGACUUCGGCUAUGAUGCAAGCACGUCCAGCCGAACCAGCUGCUCCGGCUCUACGUGACCCCACCUACCUGAUGCCAGAUGACGAGGUCCAGCCGGAUGAGGAGGCGUUGGAUGCAGCUUACAGGGUGUGGUCUCAAGGGGGUUACUCUGACAGCGAAAUCCGAUCGCGGUAUGGCGAUGAGAUAAUGACCGGGUUCUUGGCACAGUGGCUGUCGGCGCAUGACGACUUGCCUGGGGAUGCUACGGAGGCUGAGGGGAUGCAGGACACUCAGCUUCAAGACGAAGGGUCAGAAGCACCGGACACACCGGAGGGUUAA